UCAAGAAGUUGUUCAAACGUUACAACCAGUUCAUCCGCCCAGUGGAGAACGUCUCCGAUCCCGUCAUGGUGGCCUUCGAGGUCUCCAUCUCCCAGCUGGUCAAAGUGGAUGAGGUGAACCAGAUCAUGGAGACCAAUCUAUGGCUCCGACAUAUUUGGAACGACUACAAGCUACGAUGGAUGCCCGUGGAGUACGACGGCAUCGAGUUCAUCCGAGUUCCUGCCAACAAACUCUGGAGACCCGACAUCGUUCUCUACAACAACGCUGUGGGGGACUUCCUGGUGGAGGAUAAGACCAAGGCCCUGCUGAAGUUUGACGGCACCAUCACCUGGGUUCCUCCGGCCAUCUUCAAGUCCUCGUGCCCCAUGGACAUCACCUACUUCCCCUUCGACUACCAGAACUGCUCCCUCAAGUUCGGCUCCUGGACCCACGACAAGGCCAAGAUCGACCUGUUACUGAUUGGCUCAAAGGUGAACCUCAAGGACUUCUGGGAGAGCGGCGAGUGGGAGAUCAUCGACGCGCCGGGCUACAAGCACGACAUCAAGUACAACUGCUGCGUGGAGAUCUACACGGACAUCACCUACUCCUUCUACAUCCGCCGGCUGCCCCUCUUCUACACCGUCAACCUCAUCAUCCCCUGCCUGCUCAUCUCCUUCCUCACCGUGCUGGUCUUCUACCUGCCGUCCGACUGCGGCGAGAAGGUCACCCUGUGCAUCUCGGUGCUGCUGUCGCUCACCGUGUUCCUGCUGGUCAUCACCGAGACCAUCCCCUCCACCUCGCUGGUCAUCCCGCUCAUCGGCGAGUACCUGCUCUUCACCAUGAUCUUCGUCACGCUCAGCAUCGUCAUCACCGUGUUCGUGCUCAACGUGCACUACCGCACGCCCAUGACCCACACCAUGCCGGGCUGGGUGCGCGCCGUGUUCCUGCGGGCGCUGCCCCGGGUCAUGCUGAUGCGCCGGCCCGUGGACCAGGAGGGCAAGGCGGCCGGCGGGACGGACGGCGCCGGGGAGGCUGGUGUGGGGGGAGGAGCCGGAGCUGGAGGCGGAGCCGGCGGAGGAGGAGGAGUAGGAGGAGGAGGAGGAGGAGGAGGGAAGGGAGUGUGGAAGAGGAAGAACAGCCUGACGCAGCAGGUCGGAGGUGGGUCCCUGAACUGCCUGGACUUCGGGGACAGUAAGCUCUCCUCCAUAGAGGGCUGUGCUGGGAACAAGUGCCCCUGGAAGGAACCCCCGGAGAUGGCGGACCCGGGGAAGCUGGCCGGUCUGCUGGGCUCCCAGAGCCUCCACUCGGUGGCCGCGUUUUCCGCCGUGUCGCCCGAGAUCAAGCAGGCCAUCGAGAGCGUGAAGUACAUCGCCGAGAACAUGCGCAGCCGCAACAAGGCCAAAGAGGUGGAGGAUGACUGGAAGUACGUUGCCAUGGUGAUCGAUAGAAUCUUCCUGUGGGUCUUCGUGACUGUGUGCAUCCUUGGAACCCUGGGCCUCUUCCUGCAGCCGGUGAUCAACUUCCUGUCAUAA